UAACCAGCCAUUAGGGAGGUGAAAACAGAAGAUCAACAUUAUGAAAAUCAUUACAGCUGUGGUUAUUCUAGGCUGCCUGCUUGUUGUAGAGGUGAAAGGUCAGGCUAGAGCUCCAAAGGGCAGGUGUUUUUGUGCUGGCAAAGGUGUAAACAUGGUUUCUCCAAAACUGAUUGAGAAGGUUGAAAUCAUACCACCAAGUCACUCUUGUAAAACCCAGGAGAUUGUUGUUACUCUGAAAAAUAGUACAGAGCAGAAAUGCUUGAAUCCAGAAUCUAAAUUCACGCAGAAAUACAUCAUGAAGGCUGUUGAAAAGAGGAGCCUGCAGAAGAAAUAGCCUGAAAUAUGAAUCCAUAUGAG